AUGGAGAACUACCAGAAGAUUGAAAAGGUUGGCGAAGGCACAUAUGGUGUGGUUUACAAGGCUCGAGACCUCUCCAAUGGCGGUCGAAUCGUUGCCCUCAAGAAGAUCCGUCUGGAGGCCGAAGACGAAGGCGUUCCCAGCACUGCCAUCCGCGAGAUAUCCCUGUUGAAGGAGAUGAACGACCCCAACAUCGUGCGUUUGCUGAAUAUCGUCCAUGCCGACGGGCACAAGCUAUACCUCGUUUGCGAGUUCCUGGACCUGGAUUUGAAGAAAUACAUGGAGGCAUUGCCAGUAUCAGAGGGUGGACGAGGCAAGGCCUUGCCCGAAGGCUCAAAUUUGGAUAUGCAGAGGCUCGGGUUGGGCAAGGAUAUGGUCAAGAAGUUCAUGGCACAGCUGGUUGAAGGCGUUCGAUACUGUCACAGCCAUCGUGUCUUGCACCGAGACUUGAAACCCCAAAAUCUUCUGAUUGAUCGCGAGGGAAAUCUCAAACUGGCUGAUUUUGGUCUUGCAAGAGCCUUUGGUGUGCCCCUGAGAACAUACACUCAUGAAGUUGUUACGCUAUGGUACCGUGCCCCAGAGAUUCUCCUCGGUGGACGACAGUACUCGACGGGUGUAGACAUGUGGUCCGUCGGCGCUAUCUUCGCCGAAAUGUGUACCCGCAAGCCUCUCUUCCCCGGCGACUCUGAGAUUGACGAAAUCUUCAAAAUCUUCAAACUACUCGGCACACCGGAUGAAACCACUUGGCCGGGCGUCACGUCGUUUCCGGAUUUCAAAACCUCCUUUCCCAAAUGGCGCCGAGAACCCACCUCCAAAUUCGUCCCGAACUUGGAACCGGCCGGUCUUGAAUUGCUGGACGCCAUGCUCGAGUACGACCCUGCACAUCGCAUUUCGGCCAAGGCGGCAUGCAACCAUCCAUAUUUCGCAGCGGGAUCGGCUGCCUAUUCCCAGCGCGGACCCGGUGUGGUCAGAACGAAUGGAUAUCAUUAA